UAGUUUAAUCUUACGGGGUUUCAUCAUCCUUCCAAUACGACUUCCAAACAAAACCCUAAACCCUACUUCACUUCCAUCCCAAACGCCAAACCUCUCUCUCUCUCUCUCUCUCUCUCUCUCUCUCUCUUCACCAGCCAUGGCGGAGCUAAAACUGUCCGAAACCCGAGACCUGACUCGAAUCGAACGUAUAGGCGCACACUCCCACAUUCGCGGCCUGGGCCUCGACUCCACCCUCGAGCCCCGCUCCGUAUCCGAGGGCAUGGUGGGCCAGACCUCCGCCCGGAAGGCCGCCGGCGUCAUCGUCCAGAUGGUCAAGGAGGGCAAGAUCGCCGGCCGCGCCGUCCUCCUCGCUGGCCAACCCGGCACCGGCAAGACCGCCAUCGCCAUGGGCAUGGCCAAGUCACUCGGCCUCGAAACCCCCUUCGCCAUGCUCGCCGGUAGCGAGCUCUUCUCCCUCGAGAUGUCCAAAACGGAGGCCCUCAUGCAGGCAUUUCGAAAAGCAAUCGGAGUUCGAAUCAAGGAAGAGACGGAGGUGAUUGAAGGAGAGGUGGUGGAGAUUCAGAUUGAUAGGCCGGCGACAUCGGGAGCGGCGUCGAAGACGGGGAAGUUGACGCUAAAGACGACAGAGAUGGAGACGGUGUAUGAUUUGGGGGCAAAGAUGAUUGAGGCAUUGGGAAAGGAUAAGGUGCAGAGUGGGGAUGUGAUUGCGAUUGAUAAGGCUUCGGGGAAGAUUACGAAGCUUGGGAGGUCGUUUUCGAGGUCUAGGGAUUACGAUGCGAUGGGGCCGCAGACCAAGUUCGUGCAGUGUCCAGAUGGGGAAUUGCAGAAGCGGAAGGAGGUUGUGCAUUGCGUUACGCUUCAUGAGAUUGAUGUGAUCAACAGCAGAACGCAGGGAUUUCUGGCCCUCUUCACUGGUGAUACUGGAGAGAUCCGAGCUGAAGUGAGGGAGCAAAUUGACACAAAGGUUGCAGAGUGGAGGGAGGAAGGAAAGGCAGAGAUUGUCCCAGGUGUCCUCUUCAUUGAUGAAGUCCACAUGCUCGACAUCGAGUGUUUUUCUUUCCUAAACCGGGCUUUAGAAAAUGAAAUGGCACCGAUACUGGUUGUUGCCACCAACAGGGGUAUCACUACAAUCCGAGGCACAAACUACAAGUCUCCCCAUGGGAUUCCAAUCGAUUUCCUUGACCGCCUCCUCAUAAUCUCUACACAGCCGUACACAGAAGAAGAAAUCCGUAAAAUUCUCGACAUUAGGUGCCAAGAGGAAGAUGUGGACAUGUCUGGAGAUGCAAAAGUUUUGUUGACAAAGAUAGGGGUAGAUACCUCAUUGAGAUAUGCCAUCCACCUAAUUACGUCUGCCGCAUUGGCUUGCCAGAAGAGGAAGGGAAAGGUUGUAGAAAUGGAGGACAUCAGUAGGGUAUAUGAACUAUUUUGGGACGUGAAGAGAUCGACACAGUACUUGAUGGAAUAUCAGAGCCAAUACAUGUUCAAUGAAGCCCCAACUGGAGAGGCGGACGAAGAUGAAGCCAAUGCGAUGGUCUCUUGAGCCUUAUUCGGACAUGGACACAGCUAUGUUUGAAUUAAGGAUUUGCUACAGGAAAAUGAAAAGCAAAGGGGAAAGUUUAUGUAUCUGAGGGUCCGGAUUUAAUCUUUUUCAAAUACAUCUUAUUUCCCACCACAAAUCUGUCCCCAAAUCCUUGGUCCUUUAUCCGAAUACAGCCAACGUGUUUGUGAUCAUGCACUUGUUAAUUUUGUGCAGCAACUACUUCUUUGGAGAGGAUAAUCUUAUUUUUAUUCCCUCAAUGUAUUUUCCUGAAGUUAUGAUGAGUAGAGUACUCUGGUAGUUUUCGGACACGCUAGGUGUAAUCUUUUACUAGUAGUAUUUUGCUGCAGACCCAUUUUGCAGAUAAAUGAUGCUGAAGAUUUCAAA